AUUGUGGGUGGGUUGGUUGUACGGUUGGAUGGUUGAAUGGCUGGAACAAUUUUGGCAUGUGGAGGUGGUUUAACCUUGAAAGGUGAUGGUCGUAACUAUUUCAACACUUCUUAUCAAUCACAGUUCACAGGUGAAUGGGCACCUCCAAUGAAGACCUGCAACGAGAAUGUGGUAUCUAUAGUCUUUGGUGACCCUCGACACCACCAAGCAGUGAGUGAGCAGAAGCAUGCAUAUACUGUCCAGAAACCCGAAGGCCAACGCUAUGACCCACAAAUUGCCUCAGCGAUGGUGCACCGUUCAAAUAUUCAUCCUGGAGAUGGGCAGCACAGGUUUUCUACCAUCAUGUCUGAAUCAUACUUAUGGAACCAACCUGACCCUCCAUCCUAUUCUAACUCCAAAAAGAACGAGUCGUUUAUUCUCCUUGGAGAUCACAAUGAGAAGAGAAGAUGCACCAGUAUAACCAACAACCAAUUUUACUACAAAGAGCCAAAUGCUAAGGACUUCGCGACCCAGUCACGGACUUGGCCACUAACAAAGCUGUGCUUGGGAGAUAAACAGUUGCCAUUGUUUCAAAGUAUCCAUCAUUCUGACUAUCAGCCACCUCCUGAAAAACACAAGAUGGAUUCCCAAAACAAAACUUCAACUGAUAGCCACAUUUUCUUCAAGUAUGAAGGGCCUGGAGUGCCCACCACUACAACUCAAGACAUGCUUGUUCCGCACCAAGGGAAGAAGUAUCAGUUGACAGAAGAAGAACUGCAAAGGGUUAAAUAUUCCCAUUUGGUCCACCCAUGGAAGGGGAAACGUUGGUUCAGCACUGAACAAAGAGAUGCCUACACAGACAAGUACAGCGGACCAAUCACACUCGCGACGGCAGACUUCCAAGGAAGUAAUGUUCCCCUUGGCACAAUGGUCAAGUAUCAACCCAGAAAGAAGUUUGGUUCUUGA